GCCAGGUACCGGUACGUUUCCCACCUCCCUCCAUCACGCAGGCUGAGGAUGAGGAGCCCGCCCUUUGCAAGUGCGAGGAAGACGUCGACGGUGGAGGGUUUCCAGGUUGUUUCCGGCCCUGGCGUUUGCUGCCAUGGAUCUGCUCAAGUCGACGGGAGUCGAGUCAAACAAACACGCUGCAUUGCACUCCUGCCCAUCCAUCUACUCCCUUCCCAUCCUUGACGUUGACCCGACCUUAAAGAGACACGCCUCGCCCACCCUUUUGUCAUGGAAAUGUCUAUAUUUCUCCGUACCACUCACAGGCUUUCAACUUGGUUUCAUUACCAUAUCGUCACUUACAAGACUCCAUCUGGUUCCCAUCUAAUACCUGGGGGAUCUUCACUCAAGCCUUCGUCUACAUACAUAUAAGCUACGCACCCCACCUCGGGGACAUUCCCACCAUCGUCAUCGUCACACCCAACCAGCUCCAUCUACCCAUCAAUCAGCCAAAAUGUCGAGCCACAGUGACAUGAGCUCCGUCAUCUCCUUUGCCCGACAGCCUGCUUCCACCAGGAAGCAGAGCAUCGAGGUCAAGAUCAACGACCACUACAGCUCCAAGGUCUACACCUCGGGCAGCCCCAUUUCUGGAGAGGUCACAAUCACGCCCAGCCAUGACAGCCGAUUCGAUUUCGUUCAGAUCAUCCUCAUCGGCAUCUCGAGGACUCGCCUCGACGCCGUUCAGAUUCCUCAGCUCUCUUCCCACACCUUUUUGAAGCUCGAGAUGCCCAUUCCCACUUCCGCCUACCCCGUACCCCGGAUUUUCGAGGCCGGCAGGGCUUACACCAUUCCCUUCAACUUCGUCAUCCCCCACCAACUGACAAUGAGUGCUUGCACUCACAAGGCUCAGUACGACUACAUCCAAGACUACCACAUGCGUCUGCCCCCGACCAUGGGCGGCUGGGAGAGGGACGACAUGGCCCCCGACAUGGCCCAGGUCCAGUAUGUCAUCAAGGCCCGCGUUGUGCGACAGGACGAGCUCGGUGGAAAGCCGAUCAAGGUCAUGGAGGACACCCACCACAUCAAAGUCCUCCCUCGAUCCCCCGAGGACCCGCCUCUGAACAUCACCAAGCAGGACAAGAACUACGCCCUCAGCAAGACCAAGACCAUUCGCAAGAACAUUUUCUCCUCCAAGCAGGGCACUGUCACAGCUGCAACCGCUCAGCCUGGUGCCGCCUACCUGACUGCCGAUGGCCGCGGAGCCUCCGAGGGCUCAGUCUUGGUCAACCUCAACUUUGAGCCUACCUCCGCCGAUAUCCUGCCUCCCAAGGUCAGCACCGUCUCGGCCAAGAUCCAAGCUCAGACCUGGUAUGGCGCAACGCCCAUGUCAUCACUCCCCAACAUGGGAAACAGCCAAGAGGCAUAUGCCAUGACCCAGCAGCUCGCAUAUCAAACCUCCGUUUCCCUCUUCUCGACAUCAGUCGACAAGGUUGCUUGGCGCCAGCAGCUGGCCUCCACCGCCCGCCGCGAUUCCGGAUACUCCAGCGAUGGCAUGCGUGAAGGCAGUCCCUCCGACUCGGACAGCCAGCGUCAGAGCAACAGCCGCCGCUCGAGCAAGCACCGCUCCUCUCCCAUCUUCCACAAGGCCGCUCUCCAGAUUCCUUUCAAGCUGCCCACAGCCCGAAAGACCUUUAUUCCGACUUUUCACGCCUGCCUCAUCUCCCGCACCUACACGCUGCAGUUGACCAUUGUCGUUGGCGAUUCCAAGAUCAACUUGAACAUCCCUCUGCAAGUCGCUCUCGAGCCGCCCAUGCAGCUCGAUUCACUUGACAUGGGCCUUCCCACCUUCGAAGCUGUGAUGGCGCAGCAAGAGGAAGCGGACGCGGACGCUUUCCUCCGGCCGAGAUUGUUGCAACAGCCCGCACCCGAAUUCCAGGGCACUUCCGUGCUGCCUAGCUAUGGCGACUUGUCUGCAAGGCGAGGCGAGGUCUCUGCUGCUUGAUGUUCUUGCAGCUUGAGCUUUUGUUUCCUUGCAUUGACGAAUUACGACUUAUGGGGGGUUUUGCGCACGAUACCCCUUUACAGCAAUUUCCUUUGUUCCUUUGUUUCGAGGGUGAUGAUACCAGUAGAAAAUUGAGCUGGUGGGCUAGCGGAGUCUUGGACAUUAAAAUUUGGGACGCUUCGAUUGAGAGUUUUCUGUUGUUACUUGGAAACAUUGUCUGUUGGAAUUGAAGAUACCCAAAGAGCAAGAGGCAAAUUGGAUGAACACAUCAAUACUUAGUAAUAAUAUGGCAAUGUCACUCAAAUCUGGGCUACUGUGCAUAACGUCGACCACCUCAGUCAACUGGUUCUUCAACUGGGUGUGGUCUGCCUACUUACUUUUCUUGAUACUGAUUUUUGA